AUGAUUUCUUAAUUUACUAAACCAAAAAGAAAAAUGGAGCAUCCUGAUUAUGCACCAUAUCCAUUAAGGAGACCAGGCCCAGGUUAGGAUGACAGAAAGAGCGAUAUCCCAUUAGAUUAUAAUUUAAAGGAAUUUAAUUUUGCAAGCAAAACUUUAACCAAAAAAAUUGUUUGGAAUGAUUUAAGGGCAAUAGCAUUAAGUGAUUCGUUGGAUAAAGGAGCCAUAUUUGUGGAAACUAAUGAAGGAUCGGUGGUUGUGAAAGGGUACCCCAAUAUUGCUUAAGGAUACUUUUUUUCAUAAUUAGCAAUUGUGUUAGGAAUCCCAGUUCCAAAUAAGAGAAUUGUUAGAUGGGACUCAAGUGAAUUCAAAGUUCUAACUAAGGAAUUAUAAAGAGCAACGUUUAUGAUAAAAUAAUUGCAUUAAAAAAUAACAAAUAGACUUGAGAAUCCUUAUUUAGAGAUCUAAGAGUAUUUGCCUGGAAUAACACUAUCUUAUAUGGGAAAGGCAAGGGCUGGAAAAAUAUUCAACUUCUAUGAUCCACAAAGCAGACAUCGAUUAAUCAAAGUUGGAUUUCUUAUGGGUUUAGAUAUUUUCAUAAAUAAUCCAAGUAGAUUCCCUUUAGAGAUCUGGAAAAAUAGUGGAAAUUCAGAACAUAUGAUUGCCAGAACAGAACCUAAAUACACUGACACAACAAAGGAUUUGCAUGAUAUUGAUAAUCUAUCUUUUGAUUAUGAAUAUAUUUAUGGGUUGGAUAGUUAUUCUUUUGAGAGACCACCCAGUUACUAUACAAAUGUUGAAGAGUUUUUAAAUAAAGUAUUUUUAGAAAUGAAAUCAAUCAUGCAAGCCUAAUUGGAUCCUCUUUAUGAGACAAAAGAUUAGAAGUAUUUAAAUAAAUUUAUUGUUUUUUCUAUUUAGAAUUGAAUGUUUAAAUGAAUUCAAAUAACUUGUUUACGAUCAUACACUAUACGAAAUUAAGGAGAUGUCUUUGCUCUAAGUCCUUCUCGGCAUAGUGUUGACUAUUGAUAACAUAGUUGACAUGGGACCUGUACGUUUGAGAACUCUCUGGGAAUCAGUGACAGUUGAAACCGACUGGAAUAAUGCCUGGAUGAAGAAUCUAUAAGGAAUCAAUAUGGAUUUUCUGGAAUCUAUGAUUUCUAUCUUUUAAAAGUUUUGUACAAUCUAUGAGGAUGUUGUUAAAUAUAGUAAAGACAUUACUCUAAAUCAAUAUUCAUUUGACGAAUAAAAAUAUCUUGAAAUUAUAAUGAUGAAUCCAAAAAUAAAGGAAAGAAUUGAAAAAGAGAGAGAAAAUGAUCUAAUGAACUCUUAAAAACUAGAUUAAUCAGAGGUUGUAGAUGAAGAUGAAGGUGAAGUCUUAGAGCGUAAUUUAAAUGACGCAGAAUUGGACAGAAAAAUUGAGGAGAUGUUUAUGAUUGAUCCUAAAGACAUUCCUAAGGGAGAGAACAAAAAUCAAAAAUAAAAGAAGCCAUUAACUCCAUAAGAAUAACAACAAUAAGAACUAGAAAAGAAAAAAUAUGGAGGUAUUUUGGCCAAAAAAUUAUAUGAAAAUGAAUGA